AUUCGCCCUUGCUGUGUGCGACCGACGUCGACGGCGAUAGAUGGAUAAGUCACUCGCACAUGUGUUGUUGGUUGGUUGGAACUGCAUGGCAUAUGGCGCUCUGGGUAUGGGUUUUAUUUUCAUUACGACUUUAGUCUGCGACUUACUUUAGUAGGUAUAGCUUAGUUGAGUUGCAUAUUGACAUGGGGUUCGCGCGAGAGACAGACGGAAAAUUGGAUUAGUAUAAGCGUAUUUUCUUGACUGAGUUCACCAUAGCUUAAACUUUUUCCCUAUUGCUCCCUUUUGCUUUUCAGUCUACUUUAUUUAUUUAUUUCGUACACUUCACGAUUGUUGGUUUGUCGUUUCAUGUAUCUAGUAGUGCCUUAUAAUUCUGCCCGUCGUGGAUCGAAAGGAAAACGGAGGCAUAGCGAAGGAAAAGACGACCAGUGUAAUUAAGCGUAGCGAAGAAAAAAAAAAGUCAGGGGCUUCGAAGGCCUUACGCGAGUUAUGAGUGACUUAUCACCGAAUAUUUGUUUUGAUGCAUUAUCAGUGCUAAAUAGCAAUGUGCAGUUGGUUGAAAAAGGUAAGCCCGGAGAUCAGGGAGAGCCAGAGUUCGCCACAGUGGGCUUUUCGGAGGUCGACCAGGGUGCCCUCGGAAAAGUCCAAUAUCUUUGGUAGCAGCAGCAGGCAGCAGCAGUACUAGUACUAGUACAUAGUAGGCUAGUACGGGAGGGGAGGAAAAUGGGACCACUUUUCCGGAUUAACUUUCGUCGCAGUAGGCUAGCGCUGGGUCACGAUGUCGAUGAUUUGUGGGCUACGGUGAUCGCGCUGCAGUGCCUUCCCGAUGGAGAGAAAGUGAUCAUGGAGGAGACUACUUGGAUCGCAAGGGUUGCUAAUCCUGUUUCGUUUUUGGACCCUUUGGGAAAGUGGGUAGGGAAAAGUGGUAUCCAUUUUCUGACUUAUUUUUCCGCACAACUUGGAUUUUCUCACACACAUUAGUUAGCAUGCCUGCCUACAUGUCAGUCAUGUCAGUGUCGGUUCGAUCGCCAGCCAACAACCAACGCAACCCAAAGAGAUAUUCCGUGAGCGUGAGUUUUGGGGUGGUGGACGGACACGACUGUGUGUGGGUUCCUCCGAGCCGUCGUCGGUCGGCCGUCCGUCAGUACUGCUAGCUGCUGCUGGCAAACACUCUCGCUCUCGCUGUCCUCUGCCAGAAGACGAAAAUCUGGAACGAGCAACCAGAAUACAACAUCCCUGGAUCUUCUCUCUUCUUUCUGGUUAUCUCUCCUCCGUGGACAUCAUCGUCUGCGAAUCUCGUCGAUUUCCUUUGCACCGUGAUCGUGAUCGUGAUCGUGGCUGCCCCGUGGAACGGAACCACCAACCUGCAAAACAUCGUAUUGUGUUACAACGGAAUCCCCGUCCAUCUCGACCGUGGCUGCCUGGGUUGACUCAUCAUGAUCCUAGUAUGCAGCAUCUGUGGAGCAUCGCAUUACACCCAAAAUUGUCCAGAAUAUGCCAAGGGAGAUCAUAUCGAAGAUAAGCCCUCGCUUAACCUCUCGAGGUCAUCGGUUCCCAAUGGCCUACUGAUUAUGGACGCAGCUGAUGGAAGCAGCUGCGUCGUAACGUCACAAAAGUUUGCCAAGGGAACCCGAUUCGGACCACUGUUGGCGCAGAAAUCCUACGCCCCCAUCAAAAACAUCCCCUUCCCAUUGGUGCUAUUUUCCCCGCCGUAUUACUACGGUAGCGAGCUGGACUUUGAUCUGCAAACCCUGUUCAACGGACGGAAUGUGUAUCUGGACACGCGGAACAGCACCAAAUGCAACUGGAUGAUCCACGUCAGCUUGGCGAGGUUUUCCAACGAGCAGAAUCUGAUAUGCUACCAGGAAAACGAUGAAAUCUACUACACAGCGAUCAAGGACAUCGAACUGGGCGACAUUCUGCGGGUUUGGUACUCACGAAGUUACGCUGCAAAAAUCGGCGCCACUCUGCUGGAACCCAGUCCGUACGACAUCUGUAACAACAUCCUGAGAUCGGUCAGCCUCGAUUACGGCCUGAACCUGGAUCAGAAUCAGAACUACGUUGACGUGGGGUUUCCAUCGACGUCUGCAACGGCCGCGGGAUCCAGUUCUUCCGGUCAUCAAUCGGGCAUGAUGAUUGGGAGCGACGUGAACAACAAUAGCAAUCACAUGAGUGGAAAUUCAGCGACAUCGAUGGUAACUGCCGGUGAUCUGAGCUACGAUAAGAUUUCGCUGCCGCCGAUUGACAGUUUGAUGAAAACUGGUUCACCCAAGUACCAAUCCAGUCAUCACUAUCACAUGUUUGAUCUGGACUUGAUCGCGUCGGGUCAUGGGACCAUGCAGCAACAGUCACAGCACGGGUGUGACGAUUUCGGUCACUUCAACCCGCCUCCGGCAGCGACCAUCACUCAGCCCAUGCAACAUCACUCUAGUCAGCACCAGAUUGCACCGGAAAUGACCCAACACCACCAACCAAUGGCCCAUCAUCAGUCACCACAGCAGCAACAGCACCAACAGAUGCUCCAACACCCGUCGUACGGAAGUUACCAAACGCUUCCGGAGGACACACUCAGUCCGGCGGACCUGAUAAGCAUCUCGCUCGGAGCCAGCGACAUGAACAUCACGUUCGAUUCUUUCGAGACCAGUAAUCUGCUCGGUUACGACGGGGGCAGUAGCAGCGGAAGCAAUCUGGGUGAUUCCGGAAUCGGCAGUGUUGGGUUCUGUGGCGCUGGGCAAGGCAUGGAAGGCAAGCUGCACAGCCGAUAUUCGUCCUCGACGGAUUCGUUGGCCACGCUGAAUGAGUCGCUGGGAAUGGUUCCACCGCAACCGGCGGCUACGCCCAAUCCGGGCAUGGGUGCGGUAUCCGAUCCGGAUGCCGAUAAGAAGUAUCCCUGUGAGAUCUGCCUGCGCAAGUACAUGACUAAGUCGAACCUGGACAAGCACAUGCGGAAGCAUAAUCUGUUCCUGUGCGUGUUCUGCAUGAAGCUCUUCCAGCUGGCGGAGGAACUAAAGGACCACGAGUGCACCGAACGCAAAUCCAAAACAGCGUACCUGCACUGCCCAAAGUGUUUGAAGGUGCUCUCCAACUCCUGGUCUCUUCAACGCCACAUGAAAAUCCACAAGGACCCAAACGAGAGUGUCCUGAUGGGCGUUGGCGGCGGUAGCAUUAGCAGUAUGGAAGAAUCCUCCGAUAAGCUGCUGCUGGAACCGAGGGAAGACACGACGGUUUUUGACGAGAUUGAGCUGAAACCGAAUGUAGAUCCGUUGCUGGAGGGGAGUAUCAGCGGAGAUGGAAUGAUGAUGGUAGAUGAGGUAGUGGAUAUGAUACCGGAACCGGAACCGAUUCGGGAUCAGGACAUGGAACUGGAACCGGAGUUUGAACCGAUUCCACAACCCACGGUUGUGACUGUGUCCAGUUUGACCACCAUGCCGAUUACCAACACAAGUUCCAGUCAGGACAUGAUCACGGAUGUUCAAGCCCCAAACGGUAAGCAACUGUACAAGUGCAUUGUAUGUGCCAAACUGUUCAAGAACCCAAACGCCUUGGAAAAGCAUUUGAGGAAAGUUCAUACGGUUUAUACCGUUUCCAAUGACUACAAAUCUGAGAAGAAAGUUUUGACGCAGAUCAAUCAGAAGAAAACAUCUCCCAUUAAGCCGGCAAUCGCGAAAGCACUGGCCACGAAACUGACUCAAAAGAGCAAGAAAAUGGAGGCAGCCGCCGCCAAUGGCGGAGAAUCGACACCACCGGUCAAUCCCGUUGUUGUCGCAACUCCCGAACAACCCGUUCAUGUGCCACGACAAUACAACAAGAAGAAGCAUCUGAACAAAGUGACCAUGUCUCCUAACUCUUCAUCCACUGGUAUGCCGGUGGCCGUUCCGUCACCGGCGAUCGUGACAAACAGCAGCCCGGGGUCAACCACCGCCAGCACCCCGAACAAGUCUCACAGCAUCAUCAUCAUAUCCAACCUCGAGUUGACCAACAACAACCUGAUCGAUACUAGUCAGCUAUUUCUUAACCAAAACACCAACGCUCUAGGCAAUAAGAUAGAUCUUAAAGUAUUAAACUCAACCGACAAGUUACCAAAGCUCGUGCCCAUCUCGAAUCACCACCAGCAGCAGCAGCAACAGCCAGCAUCGAUUCUUCCUACGGUCCCGUCGCUCCAUCACCCGAGCACCAUCACCAUCGAAGACACCGGUUCCUCCGGUGAAGCACAACUCCUGUCCGCACUGUCGCCGAUCAAAAUCGGAAACGGCAGUGUGGAUACGCAGCAUCAGCAGCCGCAAUUGAUCUCGGUCCCGGAUCGGACACCAUCGGACUCCAUCGGCACCAACAACGGUUUCCUCAGUCCAGAGGAGCUCUCGGCGGACGCUAACGAUACCAAUAGCGCUACCACCAGCAGCGGUGGUACCCAGCAGUGCUUCGAUGCCGAUAGCGAUAACAGCUCGCAACUAACACCGAUCAGUGCCGGCGCUAGUAGUAGCAUCGCUGGCAGCUACCCGUGUGAGGAGUGCGAUAGGGUUUUUCCUAAGGUAAUUUAGUUUUUCUUUUUUCUUCUUUUAUUUCUAUUAUUUAUCAAUUCAUUGC